AUGGUUUUCUAUUUUACAAGUAAUGUUGUUGCACCACCGGUUACUCUAUUUAUGGGAGCCGAUAAACAUGAAAAUGAAGAUUUAAUUAAGUGGGGUUGGCCUGAAGAUGUAUGGUUUCAUGUAGACAAAAUUUCAUCAGCCCAUGUAUAUCUACGUUUGGGUCCAGGUCAAACUAUCGAUGAUAUACCGAAUGCUGUACUUGAUGAUGCCUGUCAGCUGGUAAAAGCUAACUCAAUAAUGGGUAAUAAGAUGAAUGACAUUGAUAUAGUUUUUAUACUAUGUGGUCAAAAUUUAAAGAAGACACCCAGUAUGGAGGUUGGUCAAGUUGCUUUUCAUAGAGACAAGGAAGUUCGAAAAGUCAGAGUUGUAAAAAGAAUUAAUGAAACUAUAAAUAGGCUCAAUAAAACCAAAAAAGAAUCAUUCCCUGAUUUAAGACUUGAGAGGGAGACAAGAGAUAGAUUGGAAAGGGAAGAUAAAAAGAAAUUGUUAAGAGAAAAGAAAGAGAAAGAAAAGGAAGAAGAAAAACGAAAAAAGGAGGAAGCUGAGUUAAGAAGUUAUGCAACUUUGAUGAAGACAGAGAAUAUGACAACAAAUUAUGAUGGCAAUGAUUCUGAUGAUUUUAUGUGA